UGCCGUUCUUGUACGAUGCCGACGGCGCUCUUGGUUGUGGGGAGCACUGUCCGCGACUUUUGUAUGCUAGAACGAAAUUUCUUGACACAUAUCAAACUCGUCCUGUUGUUAUUACUCAUGUUUGCCUCGGCGUUGCUUGGAAUCCGUCUCCCUGGACCUCCUGGCACGAGAGAAUCUGAGAGUUUGGGGUCUUUCAGUUUACCCCUCGCAAUUCUUCAGUUUAUCGCCGCCCUUCUUACAAUCGCUGCAGCAUUCUGGGAGUACCACACAGGUCUGGAUGACCUAAUAAAAGUCAGGGCCUUCUUUGUUGUAAACAGACUACACCAUAUCAUGAUGGCAGCUGUCACUUUCAUUAUCGUGGCUACCUGUAUCAUAUAUGCGGUCAAGAGCGGUUAGCGUUUACCAGGUCACGGGCCAUGAAUAUUCCUCGUGAGAAGGAAUUGAAGUAUGGUGACCCAUAUCUUCGUGUCAUCAUUCUCGCGAUAUCAUCCUUCAAAAUCCUUCCCUUCUCGAAGCAGAUCACGACCAGGUGUUGUACAAGAACUGUCUCACUUCGUUGUCUUUGCAUUGGUCGAUCUAGACACAUCUCAAUGAAAGUUUCGGUGCAUUCUGAUACAUCUCACGCUCUUGUAUACCAUACUCAGCUGUAUUCGGUACAU